AUGUUGAACCAGCUCGCACAAACCUUGACAACACUCGUUGGAAAUCAACAACCAGCUCAACGAAGUAUUGUGUCAGAAUUCAAGCGUCUGAACCCCCCAACAUUUGAUGGUGCAACAGACCCCGAUAUUAUGGAAAAAUGGAUCCAAGAGAUGGAAAAGGCGUUUAAAUUGAUGGGAAGUAAUGUUGGACAAAAGGUUACCUUAGCUGUGUAUCAAUUACAAGGCAGUGCAUAUGAUUGGUGGCUCAUGGAGCAGAGGAGGAAUGAGGAAAAUAUUGAUUCGAUGACAUGGGAUAGAUUCAAGACAGCAUUGGCAGAUAAAUACUUUCCAAGAACUGUUCAUGUGCAAAAAGAGAGGGAUUUCAUUAGGCUUGACAAGGGAGAUGAGACAGUAGUAGAGUAUGAAGAAGAGUUUGCGAGGCUCUCCAAAUAUGCUCCUACCUUAGUUGCUAACGAGAUCAAUCGGGCUAGAAGAUUGGAGGAAGGACUUAGGGAAAAUAUUAGGCAUGCUGUUGCAAAUUUUGAGUUAACCACGUAUUAA